AUGGCUCCUGUUAAGCGCAAGAAGACGACGGAUAAGGCCAAAGAGGCCGAACCUUUGACGAUCGAUAAGGUUAAAGACUUGGGAAAUCAGGUCAGAGAGUCGCCAAAGUACUUCAACAACCUGGCAUUGUUACUUACUGAGUACAAGAAGCUUCUUGUUCAGCUACAGAAUAACGCAGACAGUGACGUCCAGAUCUUGACACGAGUGAUCUCGUUGACCUUGAUCAAGGUGUUUGAACACCUCAUUGUCUCGAGACAGUUGAAACUCACCUCGUUCGACGCCGAACAAAAGGAGAUCGUCAGAAAAUGGCUCAAGACCAAGUACGACGAUUUCAAAGACACCCUUGUGGAGACCUGGAAGAUAUCCGUUGACAACGAGGGCGUUUACUCGUUGAAGAUCGAUAACUUGGACUCACUCAUGAAACUGGUGAAGAUCGAAAGUAAACAUUUCACCAAAGACGAGCCAUACUUCUCAAACCGCACAUACAAACUUGUUUUGGAGAACCUGUUGGUGACAGGCGAUUUGUCCGAGAUGCUUUCGCAUGAUGCCACUCUCGACAACUUCCUGGUCCUCGAGUUCAGAGAAUCGUACUUCGGCAAGUACUGGGACCUCCGCUAUUUCUUCUUCAACGAGCUAAAGCCAAUUCUCGAAGCCCAACAAGAUACACAGAUCAAACAGCUGAUUUUCUCCAACACAAUGACGAUCCUCAAGCCGCAACCAUUGUACGAUCUGAAGAACCCUGAACAGACCAUGUUUGUCAACAAUCCGCCAAAAACCGUUACCAACAUGCGCCAGUUCCGUUCCACGUUUGAAAAAUGCAUUCUCGACCUAAUUAAUCUCAAAUUGUUGCCUGAACAAAACAAGGCCACUCUCUUGAUUUUGCAUAAACGGAUCAUUCCGUUUUUCAACAACCCAACCAAACUCAUGGACUUCCUCACAGACUCUUACAAUCUCGGAUUUUCUGUCAAAGAUAUCAGUUUGUCCAUUUUGUCAUUGAAUGGACUUUGGGAGCUCAUGAGACAGUACAACCUGGAGUACCCUGACUUCUACACCAAGCUAUAUGCUAUUCUGACCCCCGACCUGCUUCACUUGAGUUACCGGUCGAGGUUCUUCAGACUUCUGGAUGUGUUUAUGAGCUCCACGCAUAUCUCUGCUUCCAUCAUUGCAUCAUUCAUCAAGAGACUGGGCAGACUGUGUCUCACGGCGCCUCCAGCAGGAAUUGUCUGUGUGAUUCCGUUUGUCUACAACCAACUGAAGAGACACCCAACAUGUAUGUUGCUGAUCCACUGCACAGAGCGUCCUGAGGUUGACCUGUAUGACGAGUCGGAGCCAGAUCCUGCCAAGACCAACGCUCUUGAUUCUUCCGCAUGGGAGCUCGAGGCAGUGAUCCACCACUACCACCCCAACGUUGGAUCUCUGGCAAAGAUCUUCACCCAGCCAUUCAACAAGUACAGCUACAACAUGGAAGAUUUCCUGGAUUGGAGCUACACCAAACUCCUUGACAACGAGUUGAACAAAAAAUUCAAGGGAGAAUUGGCCUUGGAAAUGGACAAUUACGAGUCCCUUUUGGGAGAAAACGGAUAUCUGACCGGGUAUACUUAUUAG